UUUGCAUGCCAAAAAUCUAUGGAUUAUUUUUACAAGAUUCGUUCUACAGUAACUUCAGUCGCAGCGCAAGUGAGCAACGCUCUUCCAGGUAAUCCGGUUUUCCGAGAGUAUGAAAUUUUAGCCCAGACAGCCAGUGCCGGGCCAGGUUUGAACUGGAAAAUAUAUAACGGAAAGAAACGGUCUACACAGCAAGCUGUAUCUUUAUGGAUUUUUGAGAAGAAGGAGCUUGAUAGUUGGCAGAAGCGCGAUCGCGAAAUUUUUCUGGAAGUUUUAAAAAAAGGUGUGCUGCAGUUAACAAAGCUCAGACAUCCUAGAAUAUUGGUAGUGGAACAUCCCUUAGAAGAAUCAAGUGACAUGGUGGUUAAUCGUUUUAGGGAUUCGUUCGCUUUUUGCACUGAGCCAGUCUUCGCUAGUCUUGCUAAUUGCUUAGGUCGUCAUGAUAAUCUCGGUUCUCCUCUUCCUUUCCAUCUCUCCGACUUCGAAUUUUUAGAAGUGGAAAUUAAACAUGGACUUCUUCAACUUACUGAAGCUCUCUCAUUCCUUCAUGUUGACGCACACAUGUUGCAUCGCAAUAUCUGUCCAGAAAGCAUAGUAAUCAAUUCAAAAGGUGCUUGGAAGUUAUCUGGUUUUGAGUUUGCUGUUCAAGGUAUCCCCGGCCCUAACGGUCAGCAUUCUUUCGAAAUGUUUGAAUGGGAUCAAAGGACAAUGUCACUGAUACAGCCUUGUCUUGACUAUCUCGCUCCAGAGUAUGUGGUUGGUGGCCGAUGUGACUGUUAUGCUGAUAUAUUUUCGUUGGGAUGCCUUUCUGUUGCCAUUUUUAACAAAUGUAGACCUCUUUUUGAAAAUCAUAAUACUCUGGAAACGUUUAAGAAAAACGCCGAAAAGCUAAAAACACUUCCUGCUUCUGUUUUGGUCAGUGCACCUCCAGUUUUUCGGGAUGAUUUAAAAAUGUGUCUCAACUUUACUCCGGAUCUUCGACCAGACGCCACACAGUUCUCCAAGAUUGCCUUUUUUGACGAUCCCCUUACUAAAGCAUUAAAUUAUUUUGAUUCCCUAUGUCAAAUGGACAAUAGCCAAAAAAUGCAGUUCUUUAAGAGUCUUCCGCAAAUACUGACUAGAUUCCCCAAGCGACCGCUUCUACAAAAAAUUUUACCUUACUUGUCGGCCGAGUUCACAACCCCAGAAUUGAUUCCAUUUAUACUUCCUAGCGUGUUUCAUAUAGCCGAGCAAGCAACCAAUGCCGAAUUUGAAACCAUCAUUUUGCCACAUCUUGUACCUGUCUUUUCAAUGCAGCGUCCCUACCAGAUAGUACUUUUGCUUUUGCAAAAAAUGGAACUUUUACUUCAAAAAACCCCUGAGGAUGACGUCCGCAAACAUAUAUUGCCACUUGUGUGCAACGCAAUAUCGAGUGACACUACAAGGAUUCAGGAAUUGUGUUUAUCGAUUAUUCCUAAUAUUGGGAGGCUUAUGGAAAGGAAUGCUAUGAAAACCCAAUUGUUACCUAAACUUUUACGUUUGACUACUGAAGCUGGUGUUUUAGCGGUAUGUAGUUUUUUCACUUUUGUAAUUUUUAGAAAGUCCUUGCUUUUUAUACACUUUUUUUGA